CCAUGGGGCCCACGGCACCACAGCGAACCCCUUCCACGGGCACGGCGGCGGGCGCCGCGCCGGCUCUGCCCCGUCCCGCGUCCUCCUCUCGACCGUCCCUGCUAGCCGCCGACGUUCUGCGUCACCGCUCUGGCCUCCACCACGCGAUGCCAAGCCCGUCUUCCGCCCCGCGGCCGUCCGCCGAGCACGCCGCGCUGCAUUGGCCGCGGCCCGGCCGGCGUGCACUGGCAAGGCAGAAGCGCCGCCACCUCGACAGGCGCGCGGCGACUAAGUGGAUUCGAGACUCAACUUCAAGUUGAUUGGUGCUGAUCUGUUCAGUUCUAUUAUCCAGUGGGCAGCAGGGAGCAGGCUUUAGGUGAAUACUGGAAGUUCAAUUGGUGGAGAUAUAUGGUAUGAGUAUGAUGAAUUGAUUUUAUUUUCCAAUGUGAGGAUGUAAGCUGUACUGUUACACCAUGCAUUAUAUUGGGCAAGCUGGCCGUCAGCUCCACCUGCAAUCUGCAUCUUGGUAAGAAGCCUCGUGAUCGAGCAACGCUGGCACUUGCUCUGCCUGUUUCGGUGGAAGGUUCACUCAAAGUUGUAAGCAACGGGGUACAUGUUCUGCCUGUUCAAAUUACAUAUAAGUUGCCACACAAAUCAUAUAGAUGCAGAUUGGGAACAUAAGGCUGAUGAUGUUAGAUUAACUAUGGACACUGUUCGCCUAAACGACCAUUUAGACCAUUUAAACGUCAUGUAAAUGCUAUACGGCGGUACGCCAUUUCCGUUUAA